CUCUCUUUCUUCUCCGACUCUCAAUUCCUCCAUUUCUAGGGUUUCUCCCAUCUCCACUCUCGCCGUCUUCAGGUCUGGAAUGCAUAAUCUAGAUGUUGCCGAGCAAUUCCAAAUCUGUAAUCUGGGAAAAGUAGUGAUAUUUGAAGUAGAAGUUUGAGACCAUGAUGGUUGAUAUAGGCAUCUCACUUGCAAGAUUUGUGACCAGCUCAGACAGUAAUGGUUCAUUUCUUCUGGGAUGGUUGGUCACAGGAUCAUUUGGUCUUCUAGCUAUCAUCUUUGCAUUUCUCAAAUGGGAGAGAAGGACAUCUCUGAAUUGGGUUAAGGCUGCGGCUAGAGCAAAGAAGAAAGUCUGGAAGAAGCUAAGAGCUCCUUUAUCGCCGCAUACGUGGAUUGAAGAUAUAACUACUGGUGAACAGCCAUCUACAUGCUGUGUUUGCUUGACUUCCUUGGUGUUUCUUCAAAACCUAGGCACUAAAGCUUCAUCGCACACUCCUGUUCAUCGUUGUGUUGUUUGUGGGGUGGCAGCUCAUUCUUAUUGUUCUGAGUUUGCAGUAAAAGAUUGCAAGUGUGUGGCACAAGCUGGUUCUACCCAUGUUCGACAUCACUGGUCAGAAAGAUGGGUUAAUAUAGAUGAUAAUCCUGAAAUUUCCGCCUGCUGCUUUUAUUGUGAUGAGCCAUGUGGUGUUCCGUUCCUUGAUGCUUCUCCAACAUGGCAUUGUCUAUGGUGUCAGAACCUCAUACAUGUCAGAUGUCACGAUAAAAUGGCAAAAGAGUCUGGUGAUGUUUGUGAUCUUGGUACUCUUAGGAGGGUUAUUCUUUCUCCUUUAUGUGUAAAAGAAAUUGGUCCCUUAAAUAGAGAUGGAAUGCUGCGUGCAAUAACAGAUGAGUUUAUAACCUCAUCUGUUCGUGGCCAGUUUAGAAGAAAGCGUCAUCGUUCUAAACAUGGUAGUGGUCAUUCAGGUAAUUGUAACUCAUCCAAUGAUGCUCUGGAGUAUGCAUUCAAUGGGCUUACUGGUUUGAAGAAAUCCCGUAGUGAGAGGAGUUUUGACCACUUGAAGAAGGAUGGUAGGGCGCUAAGUGUUAAGGGUAACCAUAAUGGGAUUAUGCAGAAAAAUGGUGGUAUUGUAACCUACGGUCAAUUCAAGAAAUAUAAAGUGGUUAAUUUACCAAAGGAUGCGAGGCCUCUUUUGGUUUUUAUAAAUGCCAGGAGUGGAGGUCAAAAUGGGGCUUCUUUAAGGAGGAGGUUGAACAUGUUAUUGAAUCCUGCGCAGGUUUUUGAAUUGAGUUCUUCUCAUGGGCCUGAGGUUGGUUUGGAAUUGUUCAAUGAUGUGCAAUACUUUAGAGUUUUGGUAUGUGGUGGAGAUGGCACUGUUGCAUGGGUCCUUGAUGCCAUUGAGAAGCAUAAAUUUGAAUCACCCCCACCUGUUGCUAUUAUUCCCCUUGGCACAGGAAAUGAUUUGUCAAGGGUUCUGCAAUGGGGAAGAGGCUUCUCUAUCGUUAAUGGACAAGGUGGCUUAACCACGCUUCUACAUGACAUCAACCAUGCUGCAGUUACCAUGCUAGAUCGCUGGAAGGUAAACAUAAAAUCAGAAGCUGAUCCAAAUAAAGUGCAAUCCAAGUUUAUGAUGAACUAUUUAGGUAUUGGAUGUGAUGCAAAGGUUGCUUAUGAAUUUCAUGUGAUGCGAGAAAUAAAUCCUGAGAAGUUCAGUAGUCAGUUUGUGAAUAAACUGCGAUAUGCCAAAGAAGGAGCUAGAGAUAUAAUGGACCGAACUUGUGCCGACUUACCAUGGCAAGUUUGGCUUGAAGUUGAUGGGAAGGACAUUGAAAUUCCAAAGGAUUCUGAGGGUCUAAUUGUGCUCAACAUUGGCAGCUACAUGGGUGGAGUAGAUCUUUGGCAAAAUGAUAUUGAUCAUGAUGAUGACUUUAGUCUCCAGUCAAUGCAUGAUAAAAUGCUUGAAGUUGUCUGCAUAUGUGGAUCGUGGCACCUUGGCAAACUACAGGUUGGACUAUCACAAGCUAGGAGACUAGCCCAGGGGAAUAUCAUAAGAAUACAUGCAUCUAGUCCCUUUCCGGUCCAAAUAGAUGGGGAGCCAUAUAUACAGCAACCUGGCUGUAUAGAGAUAACACAUCAUGGACAGGUGUUUAUGUUGAGGAGGGCUUCAGAGGAGCCGAGAGGGCAUGCAGCUGCAAUCAUGGCGGAGGUUUUAUUAGACGCUGAGUGUAAAGGCAUCAUAAAUGCGUCUCAGAAGAAAACACUACUCCAGCAGAUGGCUCUCCAGCUUGCUUAAUCUCAAGUUGUCUAUACACGCUGCUUAUUUGUAGGAGCAGUUGUAGGAGCAGUUUUUGUAAUCCCCAUAGCAAGUGAAAAAGAGAGUUAGGUGAGAGCUUAUAAAUAGGAAACUUUGUAACGAUAUGAUAUUGGGUUCAACUCCCAUUUUUGCGCAGUCGGUUUUUACCAGAUCGCUCUUCUAUUUGGCUUUGUGAUGGAAGCUGGAGGUACAAACGAUUCUGCAUUUGUACCUUCACGUGCUAGAGUCAAGCCAUUACAACGUGAAUCACAACAGUCCCUAAUUGGAGAAACAUUCUGAAGCUGCAAGGGUAUAUCUAAUGAACCUCUUCAUUCUCCAAGUGAUAUACAACUUGGAUUACUUAUUUGUAAUAGAGUUAAAUACUUAAGCUUCUUGUUGAUUAAUCAAUGUUCAAUUCAAUAUGAAUUGGUCUUUAUUCAUCUGAUAGUGUUUCAGUCCAAUUCAAUUCCAACAGUUACU